UUUGUUGAUCUAACAUUUAUUCUUAUGUUAGCGAGGAACAUGAUGAGACGGAAAACGUGAAGAAAUCAGAAUCAGCAAACCUGAGACCUUAAAAGAAGAGAAGAACCUGUGCUUGGAAGAUAGAUGGCGGCGGAGAUAGCAUGCUGCGGAACAAAGUUUUCACUGUACGUGCUGGUCAUCGUAGGUUUGGUGUGCUUCGCGGGCCUAAUGGCUGGGCUCACCCUUGGCCUCAUGUCUUUGGGCCUUGUCGACCUCGAAGUUCUCAUGAAAUCUGGUCGUCCUCAGGAUCGAAUCCACGCUUCGAAAAUAUAUCCAGUGGUAAAGAACCAGCAUCUUCUGCUUUGCACACUUUUAAUUGGAAACUCCUUAGCCAUGGAGGCUCUUCCCAUUUUUCUUGAUUCUCUCGUGCAUCCCGCCGCAGCAAUCUUGAUUUCGGUCACCCUCAUCCUCAUGUUUGGAGAGAUAUUGCCACAAGCAAUUUGUACAAGAUAUGGAUUAACAGUUGGAGCAACGUUGGCUCCACUUGUUCGUGUUCUUCUUAUAGUUUUCUUCCCCGUGUCUUAUCCAAUCAGCAAGGUUCUAGAUUGGAUGUUGGGUAAAGGACAUGCUGCCCUUUUAAAGAGGGCAGAGCUCAAGACUUUUGUGAGUUUUCAUGGAAAUGAGGCUGGUAAAGGAGGAGAUUUAACUCAUGACGAGACAACCAUCAUAACUGGUGCACUUGAAUUGACAGAAAAGACUGCCAAAGAUGCCAUGACUCCCAUAUCAAAGGCAUUUUCCCUUGAUCUGGAUGCAACUCUAAAUUUGGAGACACUGAAUUCAAUAAUGACAAUAGGUCAUAGUAGAGUUCCAGUUUAUGCAGGAGAGAAAACCAAUAUUAUUGGACUUGUUCUGGUUAAAAAUCUCUUUAUGGUUGAUUCAAAGGCUGCAGUUCCUCUUAGAAAAAUGAUCAUCAGAAAAAUUCCUCGUGUUUCAGAGAACAUGCCUCUGUAUGAUAUACUGAAUGAAUUUCAGAAAGGUCACAGUCAUAUUGCAGUUGUGUAUAGGGAUCUAAAUGAUAAAAACAAAGCUCCCAAAAGGAUUAAUGAUGGGGAACAACUUGAUCUUAAGGACAACUGUAAGAAUAAAGGAAAGAAUGCACACUUGAAUAAAGGUGCUAAUUUGGAGUCACGUGAUACUACUUUGACUACUGUUACUAAGAUUGACGAUGCUCAACAAGCAAAGAAAAGUCCACCAGCAACUCCUGCUUUUAAAAAGCGACAUAGGGGUUGUUCAUUUUGCAUUCUGGACAUUGAAAAUGCUCCUCUGCCAGUGUUUCCACCAAAUGAAGUGGUUGUUGGUGUUAUUACAAUGGAGGAUGUCAUCGAAGAGCUUCUUCAGGAGGAGAUACUAGAUGAAACUGAUGAAUAUGUCAAUAUCCAUAACAAGAUAAAAGUUAAUAUGAAUGCUUCUAAGGAGAAGGCUCCUGGUGCUAAUCUGUUGCGGCCCUCUCAAGCAGUUCCAGGUCAUACACCAACUAAUUCACUUUCUACAGCUACUUCUGCAACAGGGUCGCCUACCACAAUUGAUCAAAUCUCUGAAAGCGAGUCACUCAGGAAUCAAUAGUUCAUUAAGAAUAUAAGAGAAUGAGAUAGGUUUGUGUUUGUGUUGAAAAGGCAGAGCAGUAUAUAGUUUAUUGUAAAAAUUCCCUGUAUGAUAUUAUGUUAAUAUUAACAAAGGAACACUACGGUAGCGUGUGCCUCGCCAGACAAAACAGAAUGGAGUUCAUUUUGGUUUCACUUUUAAUGGAAGUGGAAUUAAAAUCUAUCAAUUUUUAAUAUCACAUCUAGUUUUGUUUA